AUGGCGGAGGAUGCUCCACCCAGGGCCGAAGAUGGCGAGAACAGUAACACAGCCACUCAUCGAGAUCCGUACAGCACACUCUUCCAGCUCCUCUUCACAGCCUGGCCGCUGCACUUCCAAUCGCAAGGCUACCUAAAAGACAAGACGAUGGAGAUGCUGGACCGCAAAGUAUGCAAAGCCACGCUCGAGCGCACAAUACGGGAUGCACGCGUACGGGAGGCGAUAGGCGGCGACCCUGAAGUCUGGAAGGGACUAUGUGUCGUUCUCCAAGCAGCCGUUCCGUCGCUCGAAUCCCGAUGCUUCGCGCCGCCCGACCCAGAGCAACCUGAUCGCUAUGAGACCGACUCCGGACUGUUGAUCGCAUCACACGCGAAAGGCUUGAAUGAGGACAUAGAGCGGCUGAAUAGCCUGGUGUCGAUAGCGCGGAACGUGCUCACCACAGGAGAAUAUGCGCAAAAUCUGGCAGCGGACGCCCGUUUCGACCACGAGAUAUUCAAGCUCAUCAGCGUAUGCGUCAAGGUCGCGGCACGAGGAUUCGAAGGAACGGCGAAGACGGAAGAGGAGACGAAGUGGCAGGGCGUAGUCAUCCUCUACAAGAAGCUACUCAUAACAUGCCUGCAAUUCCUGAACAACAUGGUCGCGCGCAACGAGCGGCGGAAGCUGAUGCUGUGGGUGGAGCUGUUCGAGAGUCCCACCGACGGUGUCCUCCAGCAAUAUCCGCGAGAUGUCCUGGGCAGAUCGGAACUUUGGCCUGGGUUCGAUGAAGGGGCUCCUCUUCCGCUGCUCAGCGGCCCGAAGUCAUUUCUCGAUCCCGCAUGCGUAUGGCCACCGACCGAUUCAGAUUCCUCAGCUGCCAAGGGCCGCCAACUUCCGGCUUCUUCGCCGUUUUUGCUGUACAUUAGCAAGAUUGGCAUGGAGGUGAGCCGGGAGCUGCUUAAUCGAGGCAUACAGCCGGAUCCCACGCUGAUUGCGACUGAGUGCAAGAAGCGUUGGACCGGCAUGUCAGAUGAUGAGAAGGCAACGUGGAACGAUAUGUAUACAGACCUCAUUGGCAAGUAUCGGGAUGAGUUUGUAGCUUCUAACGCGUGGAUGAUGAUUAGUGACCAAAAGGCCGGCGGCGAAGGCAACGUUGCGACUCUCGCACGCAGCAUCAACCAACUUCAAAUCGACGUUGAAAAGAUCACUCGUGCUGCUGCCUCCGAGGGCCAACCUUCUACGCUACCUGUGUGGGACAAGGCGGCCCCAUUAGCUCUAGGGAAUCAAGACUACCUACCCAUCACCGCUGAGCUACCUGAGCCAGCUCCUGUCUCGGAGGUAGACUUCCGAAUCACAUGCAGCGCAGAUUAUGGCGCGAACAUACUACAGCACGGAAAAGACGAUUUGAUGCGGCGACUGGAGAGGGAUCCAGAGCGCGCACCUCCACAGCCACCAAAGGUCGUAUCGCCCAGUUCGCCAAUAAUCGAGGAGGAUGACAGCGAAGACGACGAUUACGUUGUGCCUGGUGACGAUGGAAGGGGCUUGCUGACAGAUGUGCCAUUGAUCCUCGGACCGUCAGAGAUCGAGGUGCUUCCAAUGAUCAUCAUGUCCGGGGUUGUUCCUCCGGCCAGCGGGAUGCCUGGAUACGGCAACUCCCCUGAGGAGAUCACUGCCGUCCGAAACAUGCACACGGUCCGCUGCCACCUGCUCCUCGCACAAGACAAUGGACGUAACCUGCUGCGGGAACUGCUGAUCUUCGUUGCCGCGUGGGAUCUUCGGGAAGAAGAGUUGUAUUUCAAGUUCAUGAUACGCAUCAUGGAGUCGAUCUUGCUGAAUUGCUUGAUGCCGUUUGCGUACCACACCUUCAGAGAAUCAAAAGACAUCAUCUCCCCCGCUCAAGCCGUAAUCCUCAAACUCUUAACCUCCAUCUUCCGCGCCCGCCAAUCAAACGGCCUAACCGCAACCGGCACGCAAAACCCCACACGUUCCCUCCCCUCGGACGAGCCUGGCACGCCCUACCCCAUGAAAAUGGACGCGCAAAUGGUCUCCUUCCUCUUCACCGAGUUCCGCAAACACAUCAUCCCGCAAACCUGCGCGCUCAUCUUCCUACAAGGCCAGAUCCGGGCCGGCGCCGCGCACCCAGAGGACUUCCCGCUCAACCUUUGGGACAUGGAGCGCAUGUAUGAGGGUGUCUAUCAGUAUCUCGAGUUCUUCGCUGUCUUGACUGAGCACGAUGUCUGGAAGAAUAUGAUGGCGGAGUGGGAGAUCACGGCGGAGUUUGUGACGUUGCUUAAGGAGCUGGAUGCCGCAAUACCCAAAGGCAGGUUGCAUAUCCCGCCUGCUCCGGGUGGAGCGCGGAGACUGCCCGCGCAGCAGGCUCCGCCGCCUCCGCCGGUCCCGUCGCAGCCGACGCAAACGCAAAUGCCCGCACCCGCACCAGUGGCGGUCGAACGCCCCUACGACGUCUCGGCCCCCGCGCUCCCAACAGAUCGACCGCACCUCCCGCCACCAGAACCGCACCUCCCGCCCCCCCUCUCCCCCCCACAAACGCAACCGCUUUACGACCCGCCACCCCAAGAAGAGCCCUCAGACUUCGAGUGGCGCAACCUCAAAAAACUCGCCGUGCUCGUCCUCUCCUCUCUCGUCUGGAAGUCGCGGCGGGUGCAAGACCAAGUGCGCGAGUACGGCGGCCUGGAAGCCAUCCUAAGCUGCUGCAACUACGACGAACACAACCCGUAUAUCCGAGAGCAUGCGAUCAUGUGCUUGCGGUUUCUGCUCGAGGGAAAUCGAGAGAACCAGGCGCGGGUUGGGAGUUUGGAACCCAGGGGCGUGGUGCCGCAUGAGGUGCUGGAUCAGCAUGGGUAUGAGACGUUUAUGGAUGCGAGGGGGCAGGUCGGGUUGAGGAGGAAGGAUGUCGUGGGGCCGGGGGUCGGGAAGGCACCAGCCGCGCCGCAGCCGCAGCAGGGGAACGGAAAACAGGCGAAGGGGCAGAGCCAAGGCCAGGGACAGGGACAGGGACAGGGGAAGAAGGAGGUGGGGCUGGUGGAGGGCGCACUGAAGGACGUUAUCAAGCAUAGCGGUACAAAGGCUGCUGCGGAUCUGGAGGGGCUCAUGAAGCAGGUUCUGGGCAAUAUGGCGCCACACAUUGAGAUAGUGGGGGAGAGGGGGGAGGCGUUGGAGAGGUUGGAUAAGGAGUUUGAGGCUAAGGGGAGGAGGUGA